AUGGCGGGCUGUCUUCGCCAUCCGAAUACCGUACUCGAUGUUCCCAGAAUUCGCAAAUUUGAAUUUAAUGGUCCCGUAGUCCCCGAGUUGGGUUUUCAAUUGGCUUCAAAGGAAUGGGAGUCUCACAUCACUAUAUCUUGCUCUGAUUUCAGUGGUCUAACGUUUGGUGAGCUGAGCAAGCUGUUAACCGAGUUGACCCAGUCGAAAAUUUAUCUUUCUCUAAAAGUGUUUAUGGAGUCUAAAUUGUUAUGUAAUUACGAGAUAGAGGGGUUAGAAGGUUUCCCAUGCAGACAACAAGUGGAGCAUUUGACGGUGGAGACAGGCUGCCAUCUACCGUCUUUAACUAGUUAUGCCUUUUAUUAUGAUGGUUUGUUCCGUAUAUGUCGUCCGAAAUUGGUCACUCAGCAUCAAGGUUCUAAAUUUCAAAACUCGAACAAUGAUUUCCUACCCAAGAUUUUCCAACUAGGAACCCAGGGGAAAUUUUCGUCCCCAGGCAAUUUCUUUUACGGUCUGCAUGAUCUCGAGGAAGUUCACGUUCAGCCUGUUGAUGAUGAUGAAGUUGAUGCUGUAUGGAGGCUACUAACACAGGAAUCGUGGUCAGAUAUUACUGCUUUGGCUGGUCAAGACGACGUGUAG